AUCCAACCCACUGCAACGACGUGAACAACCACCAGACUGAUCACAAGAUAGAACACUGCCUAGUGUAGAAACAAGAUGCCUGAUAAAGACGCCGGCACGCCGCGAGUUUUUCUCUACCGCCACGGAGAAACCGAGUGGUCCAAAAGCGGCCGAUAUACAGGGACUUCGGAGAUCGAGCUCACAGCCUCGGGAAUCGCGCAGGUAACAGCGUCAGGCAAGAUCCUGGUGGGGGCGGGGAAGCUGAUCGACCCGGAGCGGAAACUGGCGCGGGUGUUUGUGAGCCCGCGGCGGCGGGCGGCGCACACGUUCGAGCUGGCGUUUCCCGAGGCGGAUCGGGCGGCGCUGCGGGCGGCGGGCAAGGUGCAGGAUGGGGAUGAGCGGUUGGCGGAGUGGGGGUAUGGGCUCUACGAGGGGCUGUUGACUAAGGAGAUCCGCGCGCUGCGGAAGGAGCAUGGGCUUGAUGCGGAGCGGGAGUGGGAUAUCUGGAGGGAUGGGUGUGAGGGUCCGGGCGGAGAAUCACCCGAAGACGUCACGGCGCGCAUCGACAGUCUGAUUGAAGAAAUUCGCGCCCUCCACCGCGGUAACAUGCACGGUGAGCAGCCCGCCGAUGUCGUUCUCAUUGCCCAUGGCCAUACCCUGCGCGCCUUCACCAAGCGCUGGCUCGGCUAUCCCAUGGAAUUUCCCUUGUCUAUGAUGUUGGAGCCCGGGGCUGUGGGUGUUCUCAGUUACCAGCAUCAUAGUAUUGAUGAGCCGGCUUUCCUGGUCGGGUAUGGGUUCCCGUUGGAGUAGUGAUUGGGUCUAGAGUGGGGUGUGUUUGUUGGGUAGACUGAUUGGCUUGUGAGGUUCUUAGAAUGUGAUUAUGGAGCAUGAUUCACUGGCUGCGCUAGUUGGGAAGGUAGAUUAGAAUGGUGCCGGUAGAUAUAAAAAAUCGAUAGAGUUGAGGGUCUAUCUCGG